UUCCAUCGCUGCUACUGUCGAUUGUUUCGCGCCUCGCGAGAUCGCAGCCUCCUAGAUUUCAAAAGGUCCACGCAGCUCGUGCUACUAGCGACGGGUCGCGGAUUACUUGCCUUCGAAACAAAAACAAAGUUUUUUUGACAAGUUAGUCAAAGUAGAAUAGUAUGCUGAGGUUAUAGUAGUUUAUGGUGUCGGUUUUGUGAGUCGCGCGUUUUUUGUUUUUUGGUGGGUGACCAUUCCGAUAGGUUUUAUUUUAAAGGGCAGGAGUGCUUGGCACUAAGGGUGCCAUGAAGGAAAAAAGCAAAAAUGCAGCAAGGAGUAGAAGAGAAAAGGAAAAUGCUGAAUUUUUGGAGCUAGCAAAGUUACUCCCACUUCCAGCUGCGAUCACAUCACAACUUGAUAAAGCAUCAGUUAUUCGGUUGACUACUUCGUACCUUAAAAUGAGACAAGUUUUUCCCGAUGGUUUGGGAGAUGCUUGGGGAGCCACUCCAGUUAUUCCAAACCCCAGGGAGGCACCCAUCAAAGAACUAGGAUCGUAUCUGUUGCAGACCUUAGAUGGUUUUAUUUUUGUAGUAGCCCACGACGGGAAAAUCAUGUACAUAUCAGAAACAGCCUCCGUUCAUUUAGGAUUAUCACAGGUAGAACUGACGGGGAACAGUAUAUACGAAUACAUCCACCCCGCAGACCACGACGAGAUGACAGCUGUACUUACACCCACGCUUUACCCUCCAGGGAUCGCCCCCCUACACGAGCACGAGAGUGAGCGAGCCUUUUUCCUGAGGAUGAAGUGUGUUUUAGCCAAACGAAACGCAGGAUUGACGAAUAGUGGUUAUAAGGUUAUCCACUGCUCAGGUUAUCUAAAGGUGAAACCUCUGACGGGAGGUUCAGGUCCAUAUGACACCAGCUAUUGCCAAAUCAUGGGACUCGUUGCCGUGGGCCAUUCCUUACCUCCCAGCUCCAUCACAGAAAUCAAAUUACACACCAACAUGUUUAUGUUUAGGGCUAGUUUAGAUUUGAAGCUGAUCUUUCUGGAUGCAAGAGUGGGGCAGUUGACUGGAUAUGAACCUCAAGAUCUUAUAGAAAAAACACUGUACCAUUACGUCCACGGCAGCGAUAUCUUAUCACUUAGGCUCUCGCACCAUCAAUUACUUUGUAAGGGUCAAGUAACCACUAAAUAUUACCGGUUUCUUUGCAAAGGAGGCGGAUGGGUUUGGAUGCAAAGUUACGCGACGAUAGUACAUAAUUCCAGAUCUUCCAGACCACACUGUAUUGUUUCCGUUAAUUACGUUUUAAGUGAUUUUGAAGCCAAAGAUCUAACUCUAAACCUUGCGCAAGGUACACCGAGAGAAGAUAUUCCCAGCUCCCCACGAAGCCCGAUACAUCCCCCAACAAGGAGCAUUUCAUCACAACCUAAAUACACUCCCACACAUCGCAUUCCUGUCAAUAUUAUUCCUUCACAACCCCCUUCCAUACCGGACGACGAAUUCAGCGAUUCCAAUGGAGCAAUUACGUAUCCUUCACUCGAGUACUCAUCAGGUUUCAUCCAUUACCACACAGAAGAUCCAUACUAUCAACACCAAGAUAUGUUUUACUCUUAUUCUGAUCCCGAGAUCAGCCAACACAUGUUAGGAACCCCACAGCAGCGCCCGUUCAGUGCCUCCAGUUCGUCCUGCAGUUCCUCAGAAAGCGAGCUCCAUUUGCAGAACUUGAACAGCAAUAACUUUUGCCCGGAAGCCCAUAGUUUUAGCAUCAACUGUUUCAAUAACAAUCAAGCGAGCCAAGCGGCGCAGAACUGGCAGGGGCAUGAGUUCAAGCCUUUGAUCGGGCAGGCACACGGUGCUGGGUACACCAGUGUCAUUGUGGAUGCUCAGCAGUAUCAGUUAGCAAAUGAGUAUGUGCAUUAGUAACGGCGAAUCAAUAAAAAGCUGCCUCAACUGUGACAAAAAUAUUCCGUACUUCAUGCUAAAUAUAAUUGUACAGAAGUUGCAUUGACUGUUUCUCUGUAACGGUUUAAGAAGGAAAAUGUAUAAUUAUGUAUCAAUAAUUCAGUUUUGAUAAUUAUUUCAAGUUUAAAUUUCAAAUGCUUCUUGUGUAUAUUAAGCACUUGCCAAACUGUCAAGUGCAAAAACUGAUAUGGUCUUACACUCUAUCUAUAAUGGUUCCAUGACAUCUCGUAACACAACAGUUCGUAACUUCACAAAUGGUAACGGACACUAUGUAAUGCCGACAAUUCGUAACGGCGAUACUUCGUAACACCGACUGUUCGAAACGAUCACUUUCGUAACGGUAUAAUUCGUAACGACAACGUUUAGUUUUUUUAGCAGAUGUAGCAUUACUCAAUGUAUACAUACAAUAAUUAAUGUACCUAUUUUGCAUACUUUCCUACACUAAAAAGAGUAGUACUUCUAGAAGACCACUUCUUUUGAAAUUUAUUUCACACAUAUUUUUACAUAUAUUUUUGUAAAUAUGGCAACUAAAGAAUAUGUUUUUAAAUUUUUUAUCCUGAAUUAUCACUUUAAAGUUGUGAACUACUAUUAACGGUAGAUUAUAUUUAUUUAAGCCAGAAUCUUCAAAAAAUGUUUGAAAAAUGUUUAUCUUAAUGCUGGUUCGUUAAAUUUAUAAACGUAAUUUCAAUUGCAUCUGUACUAAAAGUUGUUUCCACGUUAACAAAAAUAAAAUAAUAAUUAAAUCUUACCGUUACGAAUAAUGCCGUUACGAAUUAUGUCGUUACGAAUAGUUAUAGUUCUUCUUCUUGGCAAUCAUCAUGGCUAUUAUAAUCUUAGAUGCUGCUGCUCUGAAUAGUUCGGUUGAUGUGCAUCUGUACCAUUCCCUCAAGUUACGCAACCAUGAGAUUCUUCUCCUUCCUACACUUCUCUUGCCCUGUAUAAUCAAUUGAAGUAUGUUGUAUCUCUCAUUACGCAUAACAUGCCCCAGGUAUUGCAGCUUUCGUGUCUUGAUGGUUUCCAAUAUUUCCAGUCUUUUGUUGACUCUUCUCAUCACUUCGUUGUUUGUUAUAUGCUCGGUCCAUGAUAUCUUCAGGAUUCUUCUAUACACCCAGAGUUCAAAUGCUUCCAACUUUUUAGUAGUCGACGCGUUAAGUGUCCAUGCUUCUAUCCCGUAAAGCAGGGUCGAGAAAAUAUAACACCUUGCCAACCCAACUCUCAAGUCUAAUUUCAGUUCCCUUGCACAAAGUACCUUUCUCAUUUUAUUGAAGUUUGUUCUUGCUUUCUCUAUUCGAACUUUGAUUUCUUUGGAGUAAUCGUUUGUGUGAUUAAUUAUUGUGCCAAGAUAGUUGUAGUUUUCAACUUGUUUUAAAGUUUUUUGGGUUUUUGAUAUCCUCAUAAAUUUAGUUUUCUUGCUGUUUAUUGAUAAUCCAUAUUCUUCUCCAUACUCUACUAUCUUGUUCAUUAGCUUUUGGAGGUCUUCAAGGUUGUCUGCUAUUAUGAUAGUAUCGUCCGCAUAUCUAAUGUUGUUAAUUGGCAUUCCAUUUACCUUUAUUUCUGCUGUUUCUCCCUCAAGAGCUCUUUUCAUAAUUUUUUCAGAGUAUGCAUUGAAUAGUAGUGGUGACAAUACACACCCCCUGUCGCACUCCUCUUUUAAUUUCGAACUCUUCGGAUGUGUGUUCAUUAAUGCGUAUGUGUGCUUGCUGUUUAUAAUAUAGAUUUGUUAUAAUUCGAAGGUCAUUGAUGCAAAUGAAAGGAAUAAAUUCGUUAUUUCUUAAUCUGGCGACUUUAAGGAAAAAUUCUGAAACAUCGAUUUUUAGUUUUAAAUUACGAUUUUUUGGCAUAUUAUGUAUCAUACUAGUAACGUCACCCACCUGGGCGUGAUGACGUAAUCGAUGAUUUUUUUUUAAAUUAGAAUAGGGGUCGUGUGCUAACUCAUUUAAAAGGAUAUUCACAGGAUGCCCAAAAAUUUUUUGUUUUGAAUUAAAUUAAUUGACACAAAAAGAAGAAUGUAUGUCAUUUAUUUAAUUCAAAAUAUAGCUUAUUGUUGUCAGAAAAUAGAAAAAAAUGUUUAUUUCACAAAUAAACAUUGUUUUUCGCUUAAAUUUAUUGUUCAAGCUUCCAACCACCUGCCUAUUGGCAGCUUGAACUUUGGAUUUAAGAGAAAAGCAGUGUUUAUUAUUUGUCAAAUAAACAUUUUCUUCUGUUUUCUGACAGAAGUAAAAUGUAUUUUAAAUUAAAUAAAUUACAUUCAUUUUUCUUUUUUUUUUGUCAAUUAAUUUAAUUCAAAACAAAAAAUUUUUGGGCAUACUGUAUACUUAAUUAUGUCAAUGUUUAUAUUUCUAUACAGAGAAUUUCAAAUGAGCUAGCACACGACCCCUAUUCUCAUUCAAAAAAGAUCGAUUACGUCAUCACGCUCAGAUGGAUGACGAUAGUAUGAUAUAAUAUAUAAUAUGUAAAAAAAACAUAAUUUAAAAAUAAAAAUCGACCUGAUUCAGGAUUUAAAGUCACCCGCUUACGAAAUAACAACGUCGUCCAGGUGCGAAUCAUUGUCAGGAUAGGUAAACAUUUUUUUGCAUAUUUCAUUUCUGAAUAUGAGGAUUCGCACAGGUAUGAUGAAGCGAAGACAACGUGAGGAACAAGCAAGCGCAACUUUUGAGAGUUUUAUAGUUAUCCGGUACUAAUUUCCAGAAUUCUUCAUAUUGAUUUGCGUCUCUUUUUUCUUUAAAAAUUUCCUCCAGAUUUGUAUCAUUUUUAAAAUUAAUUUGUUCAUGUGACAAGUUUGCGCUGUUAAAUCAAGACGGCCGCAAGUUGUAUAGUAGCGGCUACUUCUAAGUGCCAGGGAUUUUCCAUUAAUAGAAGACAUUUCCUAAUGUUUCAUAAAUCAUUAAAUCUUUUCUGAAAUUCAUCGCUCAAGAAAACUAGAAAAUUAGAAAUAAAUAGCAUAGUUUCCUGGAAAUACAUCAAUUUCAUCUUGUUGAGCUUUCACCAAUGUCGGAAAGUUAUGCAGAUUUUUUAUAUUAAUUUCCCCGAUGUACAUCUUUUAGCUUAUCCACGAAAGCAAAUACUUUAUUUUUGUCAACUACGAAAAUAAUUUUAUGUUUACCUUUUAAUGUGUAAACGACGAUUAAGUUCGCCAAGUUUUUCUGUUAUGUCGCAAAUAAAAAAUAAUAAAAGCUACCACCAACUAUCUUACUUGAGUUCAAAACAAUCAUUUACAGGGUCUUUCAGUUAGCCUUCGGGCCGCAUAACAAACGUAAGAGGGCCGCAUGCGUAUCGCUGUAUUAGACGAUCUCCUCUAUCAAUGUUAUAGUUACGAAUUGUCAAUGUUACGAAGUGUCGCUGUUGCGAACUGUCACGUUGAGAGAUGUCUUGCCCCGGUCCAUCAUAUCUUACAAUAUUCAUAUUUGAAAAGUCUCUUGUACUAUUUUUAUUUGGUGUUUAUUUAUCCUUCUCUUCAAUGCGUCUGUUCUUAUCUUCAGGCCAUACUUGGCCAUUCAGGCCGUCUGUGUAAAUAAUAUGUUGAAGCUGUAUACCAAGCUUCCUGAUGCAAAAGUAUUUAUGUCAAAGUUCAGAAGCAUUUUUAUUUGUCAAGUGCUAAUCAAAAUAUCCAAUUGUAACAUGUUGGCGACAUGAAAAAUUAUGCUGUUCCAAAAUUUAUGACUGAAAAUUUGAUAAUACUGUCAAAUCAUUUUUUCUCCAACUUUAUGUUGUAUAACACAAGGGUCAUUCGUAAAAAAAGAUUCCCUAUGCCACUGAGAAAGACUGGGAGAAAUCUGGCAAUACUGCCUUACACAUCAACUCUCCCUCUCUCUUACCUCACAGCUUUCGCAUCGCUACAUUAUUGCUCAGUGUCGGCCUAGCAGCCUUUGAAGAUGGAGGUUCCUGUCGCUGUUACAGCCAAUGUGAAAUCCAUGCUGUGAAACGUUUUUUUAAAGGAAAAUGGAUUCCAUCUAUUAAGGCUGCAAGGCCGACACUGAGCAAUGCAGCGUGGCGAAAGUGGUGGGGUCAGAGAAAGAGGGAGAGUUAAUGUGUAAGGCAGUGUUGCCAGAUUUCAAGCGUGUCACACUUUUUCUAAGCGGCGUAGGGAACCUUUUCUUCCGAUUGACCCUCGUAUUAUUUAAAAAGGGUAAUUUACCGUACGAAUAUAUUUUAGUGAUAUCAUUUGGAAAGAAGUUUUCUUUUUUAAUCUUAAUCGAAGAUUGGGUACAGUUACUACUUAUAAUAUUGGGCUGGUUCCCAAAAUUUGUUUUUAUAUUUGAUAUAUUUUUGAGGAUAUUUUUAUUGAGGGAAACGUCGUAUUGGCCAAAUAGUUACUAUAGGUAUUAAUAAAAAAAACACAUUUUUAUUAAAAAUCCUUUAUAAAAGUAAUGUUUAUUUAAAAGAAUCCUUUUGAGCUACAUCACAUAACACAUAACAUAGUGGUUUAAAGCCACUAAAUACUUACAUGAGUGAAAAGCCUUUAAUUCUUAUACUCUUGGUAUUAGGAGUAUAUUACAUUGUUGCUGAUACGUAAAACUCCCAAGUAGGGGCUGCUGGCCCGCAGAUAAGCCCUCUAAACUCUAAACGGACCUUAGGUAGCAACUCGGUUAUUCCAGAAACUCCAUAAUUCUAUAUUUUUACUCCAGACAUGGUUUACGCAUAUUUAUAUUUUUUUGUAGUACUGAAAGUAGUUCAGUAGUUGCUGAAAGUUCUAGUACUUCUAGUAGUUACUGAAAAGUGUAUAUUUCUUCUCGUAAAGAAUCUUCGUUUUCGUACUCUUUAUAUCGUAUCCGAUUGAUAUUAUAGUUAGAAAAUAUUGAGAGAAAUAUUCUGGUUUUUUAACUUUUUCAGUAUUCUUCACGCUAAAGAGUUGGCUGGUCUGUGACUACAAUUUACUAAAAUGCUCACAUCGACGGAGUCCGUUGGCCAUCGAGUCCGGUUCCUUAAAAAGAAGACUUUUUAAUGAUAUCACUAAAAUAUUUGGUUUUAUUUCAAUGUAAUAUACGUAACUCUUUUGAGACUAUACACUUAUUCCUUACUUUUAUGUAUCAUAUUUAUUGUAUAUUCUUAUACCCAGAAUAUCGUGCCAUAUGAUAUGUUCGGUAAAUACUUUAUUUUUUUUUACUUAUUUUUAUCAAUACAACCCUGUCAUAUAUGUUUUUAAGUAAGGGCAACUUUUAUACUUUUAUUAUAGCGUAAAAAUUCGUGGACAAGUAAUAAUAUCCACCCUUGUCAUCUAUAGUUUCCCUCUAUAAUUACAAAUGCGUACUUUUUUCAUGUGCCUACAGCUCCCGGAACGAACCAUGGCCGAUGAGAAACGCUGUCGUUGCGGUCGGUCGCGGUCGCACGCCCACCUAAACUUUACGCAGAAGGGUUUCUCUCAACGGCCAUGGUUUGCUCCGGAAGCUGUACAUGAUAUACACGGUGUUUGGUAAAGAAUGGGCCAUAGCUUAAUCUUAGAUUCCUGAGGUUAAAAUAGGUCGAUUUAAGCUAACUUACCUUAGUACAAAAGUUGAUAAUAACCGAAAUACAGGGGUUACAAAGUUAAACUUUUAUUUUAUUUAUUUUUGAAUAUUUCCUGACAGGCAUGGGACAACACGAAAUUUGGUAAGUGGUGCUGGUAUUGUACAAUCUACUAAAUUAUGUUAAACAAACGUUUCUGGCUACUACCAGAGGCGUACGAUGGGGUAACGUGAAUGGUUGAACCUUCCCAAAUUCUACGCCACUGGCGGAUUUUCUAUUUUAGUGCAAUUUUUUUUAUUCUCCAAUACUUUCUUUUUAAAAAAAUACUCUUCAUUCGUAACGAUAAAGUCAUAAGUUUUCGAUAUAUUUGAAGCUAAAAACAAAGGAGCAUAAUACAUUAAUCAAAAUAAGUGUGCCUUUUCAUUUUUAACUUCAAAUAUCUCGAAAACUAAUGACGUUACGAAUAAAUAGUAUAUUAUUUGCAUAGAAAGUAUUGGAGAAUCUAAAAAUUAUGCUUAAAUAGCAGUUUUAUCAGUGGCGUAGAAUUUGGGAAGGGUUGACCAUUCACUUUCCCCUGUCGUACGCCUCUGGUAGUAGCCAAAAACGAUUAUUUAACAUAAUUUACUAGGGUGUACAGUGCCUACACUUUCUGCCAAGUAUCACACGGAUAUGUCAAAUUAUUUUAAAGUAUUCUUUUUUUUUAAUAAUUUAUUCUUUAUUUAAAACAAUAAGAACUAUGUGUGCCCGGUACUAUAAAACUAUUUGACAUAUCCUUAUGGUAGAAAGUGUAGGUACUGUACACCAUACUAAAUUAUGUUAAAUAAUCGUUUGCGGUUAACCAGAGGCGUACGACAGGGGAAAGUGAAUGGUCGACCCUUCACAAAUUCUACGCCAUUGAUGAAACUGCUAUUUUAGCAUAAUUUUUAGAUUCUCCAAUACUUUCUAUGCAAAUAGUAUACCUACUAUUUAUUCGUAACGAUAAAGUCAUUACUUUUCGAGAUAUUUGAAGUUAAUAGAGAGUUAUCAAGUAACUCGAGGAGAAUACGGUAACGCUAUUUUAGCAAUGGAGCAUGCGCAGUAUGAAUAUUGAAUAACGGAAAUGAUUUUAACGUUAACGUGCUCCGUUACGGUAGGUCGGAUAGCGGGCUUAAAAUACGGUAACGUUAGCAGCGAAUCGCACCAAUUCGGCAGGACUCGGAGUGGCUCGGCCAUUUCAGUUCUGUCAUGUUCAUGUAAUAAAUAAAUAUGUUGUGUUAUGAAAUUUUAUUUUGUAUGUUAACAGGUAUUUUGUCUUUGUUUUCUUGGCUUGGUUUUGGUUUGGUUGAGUUUAAAGUUUUAGUUCCUCUCAGCAUUACUUACCAGUACAGGUAUGGCCAGUUUCUGUUACAAUUAUAUCUGGUAUUCCUAACAAUUGUACAAGCCUUGGAAUAUCCUGCUUUUCAAACCGAAAAUACUGUUUGGCUUGUUCAGGUUCUAAGGUAUCGAAAUUAAAGACAGGAUGUACAUUUUGAUUUUGAACGUUAUCAUCAUUUAAAACGAGAUUUAGUAUUAAGUACUCUAUAUCAUCGUCAUUGGCUUCAAGUAACAUUGCCUGUUCUAAGAUCUCUUCCAUAUUUUUUAGAAAAAUUUGAAAUCCAAAUUGUACAAAACAAGUCAAAAUUACAAAAUAUGUAUCUUGGGUGAAAAAAACCAAAAACAGAACAAAUUUAAAAAAAAAUUUAAUUAUGUUGCUGUCAAAUACGAAAUAUGACUGACAGCUGCCAACUAUUAACGUGAAGCAGAAAUUCAACCACUUUAUAACUCUAAAAUUACAUAUACGUUAAAACUUAUACCGUAAAAAAAUAGCGUUUACGUGUCAAAAUAACGGAUGGAUAGAAUUUUACUUGAUAACUCUCUAAUAAUGAAAAGGCACACUUAUGUAUAUUGAUUAAUGUAUUAUGCUCCUUCGCUUUUAGCUUCAAAUAUCUCGAAAACUAAUGGCUUUAUCGUUACGAAUGAAGAGUAUGUUUAUUACAUAGAAAGUAUUGGAGAAUAAAAAAAUUGCACUAAAAUAGCAAUUCCUUCAGUGGCGUAGAAUUUGGGAAGGGCCAACCAUUCACGUUCCCCCGUCGUACGCCUCUGGUAGUAGCCAGAAACGUUUGUUUAACAUAAUUUAGUAGAUUGUACAAUACCAGCACCACUUACCAAAUUUCGUGUUGUUGUCCCAUGCCUGUCAGGAAAUAUUCAAAAAUAAAUAAAAUAAAAGUUUAACUUUGACACCCUGUAUUUCGGUUAUUAUCAACUUUGGUACUAAGGUUAGUUAGCUUAAAUCGACCUAUUUUAACCUCAGGAAUCUAAGGUUAAGCUAUGGCCCAUUCUUUACCAAACACCCUGUAUAUUUUCCCGAGGUCUGUUUCAGAACGACCUUUCGUUUAUUUCAUUUAUCUUUCCUAUUUCUUUUCACUGUUGCAAUGCAUUAUUAAGUUUAUUUUUGUGUACAAUCUUUCUUCUUUUUGGAAACUCUCCCCAGAUUCGAAUAACAUUCUGAAUAUAUGUAACCUUCCCUCAUCUAAGGGAACUUCUAACUAAGGGUGGAUAUGUUGCGCUGGCCAUGCAGGCGAAAUAUUUAAUGGUUUAUAUAUUUAUAUAGAUAUGACAAUAAUUUUUGACUGUGAAUAGAUUGUACAUAGAAAAGAUUGUAAAGUAAUUUUUAAGCAACCAUAUAUUAUUGUAUUAUUAUUAUUAUGUAUUUAAUAACUGUCUUAUCCAACCAAAUAUAAGUUUUAUGUUA